AUGAAAAGGGAUACAUCGCAGCCUGCAGUGAAGUUUCUCCUGCUUUUGCUCCUGGACGGACGAUUAUGCUGCGUCUCUGUGGCGAAUGGGAAGCUGCGUUGGGAGGCGCAACUUCCCGGUGGUCCACUUUUCCACUGUGGACCAAGGUGUCAGGGUAAAAGAGAAAAACGGAUGUGGGCACAGCUCCCCUCUCGUUUUGCAUGCAGAAACUGUCGGAGCAUGGCAAUCAGCGCCAGUGGAAUGGAGGCCCAACCUGAAGAGACGUUGGGAGACAAUGUCAAAGACUGCUCGCUUGUAUUCAUUCCCUCUGGCGAUACAAAACAUGCCUUUUCUCUCAUGAAGUGGCAUUUCUUUAUUCCAUCUAAUUGCUCUGACAGGAAGGACGUUUGGCUGCCGGCUAGGGAAGUCCUUGAGUGCUGGAAUGCGUCCGCAUGCUCCGGCCAUAGGGCGUUGGACUUGCAGCAGCAAGUGACGACGCACACGGAGUUGGAUUUCUUCUCGGGGAAGCUGCUGAUAAGCCUUACUGCCGAAGCGGAGGACAUCGACAACGAGGAGGAGACUGUGCUUAAUGAAUUUUCAUGUGUGCGUGUCGUUCUGCAACGCACCGAUCACACGCAAAGUAUGAUCUUUCCACCCUUUCAGGCCCUUUCACGUUCCACCGUCGACUCGUCCGGGGAGGAGGAAGUCUCUCGCUCUUGGUACGCCACGACUUCGACGGUGAUGCUUGACGUAAUAGACCUCUCCUUGGAUACUGUUUCCUUGAAAUCAUGGUUUCAUGCGGAGAAGCAAUCGUUUCAUAUUGAACAGACCGUAGCAAUGAAUAGAUUCACCUCUUGCCUGUGCAUCUCCGGAGAAUCUGGGGAUGUUGGGAAGGUGCAACUGACAGAUCUGAGGUCCCCGAUAGUUUCCGCACAAAUUAUCUUUUGGGAGCCACAUACGGUGGCCUCCAAUGGUGGUAGCACCUCAAAGCUACGCUGUCAGGAUGUCCCUGUAGCCACGUCCUGGGAGCGCAUGGAGGCAACUCCUGGUCACAGCUGGAACUUGCAGAGGCGCGGUGGACAUGUACAGGAAAUAUCAGGUUUUUUAGAUGACAAUGGGCGCGUGUUAUUUGCAGAUUAUAUUGCACGGAAGAAUGAGUUAGCGUCAGUUUAUGCUGAGACACAGGUAUCUGAAACACAAGGGGAGGAUUAUUUGUCUUCACGCUGUUCUGUAUCUCCUGGAACCGAGAAUGGGCAUUUCUUUGGGGAUUACGACGACUCAAGCGAAACGGACUCCUCCACGGCAAGUGGUUUUUCGGAGAACGCAAUGGUGCUUCACAACAACUCUACAUUCUUCCAUAAGAGCACUGAAACGGGGGCACUAUUUCACACUGGCAAUCAAAUUUCUUUUUUUGAUGAGAACUUUGAGGUUAUUACUAUGCUUGGUCGUGGGGCCUCCGGCGCCGUGUUACUCACACGGCAACGCCUGACAGGGAUCUUCUACGCCAUAAAGGUGAUGCUCAUGCGGGAUUACUCUAGCAAAGAUAACGUGCUUCGUGAGGUGCGUCUACAUGCUAUACUCCACAAUCGUUACCUUGCGCGCUACUACGCGGGGUGGUCCGAGGCUCUCACCCCGUAUCGAGUACAGCAGCUUGAAAGUAUUGGCGUAUGCAAAUCGAGGAGUAUUCAAGACAAGUAUGUUAUUAACGGAUCAGGCUGCAUUGGUUGGUUGGACCAUCAGCAAGGAGGGCCGUUGUCCCUCAAUAGCAGUGAGAAUAGGUUGCUGCCUCCAGGCACACACGUUAUGAAUCGUAACCUUAUGGCACCACCAGAGGUAAUGCAUGAGGACUGUAAUGGGAUGUACCUUGCUGGGGGAGAUAGCCUUGACAGCGUUUGUGAAUAUUGUGAAGGUGAAGAUGACAGCGACUCGUCUUUUCAUGAAAGAACUUCAUCCUUCUCCAGUACACCGGGGAAUGUUUUGACUAGGCGUGUGGUGUUUCUUCAAAUGGAGUACUGUCAGACAACAUUGGCGCACCGUCUAGGCUCUCGAAGUGUCAUUGAUCGUGUGGAGAACAUUAUUAUUGCGUUGCAGAUAUUUUCAGCGUUACGUUAUGUUCAUCGGCGUGACUGUUUGCACCGAGAUGUAAAGCCCACAAAUGUUUUUCUUGAUUACAAUUGUCAGACCAUAGGCCUGAAUGACACGAGCGACGAUGACAGCGAUGGCAAUGCAGUGGAAGAGGAAGAGGAAGAGGAUGAUGAUGCUGCUGCAAACGCAGUCCCACCCAAUACUGAGGUUCACAGCGCCAACACCUUUGGUGACGACGAUGCAGACACCACGUUGAAGCUGCAGCAGUCAGAUCUUUCUCCUGCACUUCCUGUGCAGGUGUUAUCUGCUUUUGAGUUGCUGAGGUUGAAUGCUUCUGUGGGUUUACUUGCGCUUUAUUUGAAACGAUUCAAAUGUGCUCAGGGAGAGGCAGAGAAAAGGAAAGUAAUACGCUUGGUGCGAAAGUGGCUUAAGUGUCGCCUUGUGCAGGUUCGUCUUGGAGAUUUUGGCUUGGCAAAACCACUGGGCGAUCAGCACGUGGAGGCUGCUCACUACUUUGAUCGCAGCGCGAUAAACACCGUUGGUGUGGGCUCUCCUCUUUACUCCAGCCCGGAGCAAUUGGAGGGAGCCAUCUGUACACCGGCCGCAGAUGCAUUUUCGGCCGGUGUCUUGCUAGCUGAGUUGUAUAUACAGCCUAAGACCGUCUCAGAGAGGCUUGUCGAGCUGCAACGGGUGCGCGAAGGUGUGUUUCCGUGUUCGUCGCUCUUGCUAGACUAUCCAGAGCUGCAGGUGGUGCAGGGGCUAACGAGAAAGAACCCGAGUGCACGUAUGACACUUAGAGAUGCAACUCGUUUGUUGGUGAUAACGUUGGAUAAAAUGAUCUUUACUUUUAUUUCGAGCUGA